AUGCACAGGAAGAGUAAUGGCACACCAGGAGCAGUACCAGCAUGUGCAGCAUGCAAGCAUCAAAGGAAAAAGUGCAAAGAAGGUUGCACUUUGGCACCUUUUUUUCCAGUGGAGAGGAAUCGAGAAUUCCAAGCCGUGCACAAAGUUUUCGGGGUUAGCAAUGUAACAAAGAUGGUGAAGAAUGCCAAUGAAGCGAACCGGAGAAAGGUUGUUGAUUCAUUGGUAUGGGAAGCUCUUUGCAGGCAAAAAGACCCGGUGCUUGGUCCUUACGGAGAGUAUAGGAUGAUUUUCGAUGAGCUCAAGAUGUAUAAAAAUCAUGAGAACCAAACGGUUCCUUUACAAGUGCAAAAGGGCAUGUGUUACAAAUCUCUGACGGAUUUAGUUGCUUGGAACUAUGAAACUAAUGGGAUUAGCAAUGGAAUAAAUGGAGGAAAUGGAAUCACUACUACUAAUAACAAUUUGGAUUAUGAUCUUCAGGUUAACGAAAACGUCAGAAUCGAUUCAGUCCCGCCAUAUGGUUAUCCUUUAACUUGUGAGCAAGAAAUUGCAGCAGAGAAGAUAAAGCAAGUAAAAAUAGCUGCCGAUUCCAUUGUUGUUCCAGUAGUACACCAGCAGGGGCAUUCUAUCAACAACAUUAAUCAGCAGUACUAUAUUUCAGGUCAACUUAAUCAACUCAUUGGCAAGCCAUUAGAAAGGACAAUAUGGGAAGGCGGAUCGUAA